CAAACCAUCCCAGGGUCCGGGGCGUCCUCCUCCGUCCCUCCCGGGCCCGCCGAAGACCAGUCCUGGACGGCUCCGGGGCGAAGAUGACGCAGGACCGGCCCCGGCCCAAGCCCCGGGCCACUGACCUCCUGCCUCUGCUGGCCCUGGCCACCCUCCUCCUGCCCUCCGGAGCCCAGAGCCCCGCAGCCCUCCCCGCAGAUAAGUUAUUAGUCAUCACUGUAGCAACAAAAGAAACUGAUGGAUUUCAUCGAUUUAUGCAAUCAGCAAAAUACUUCAACUAUACUGUGAAGGUUCUUGGUAAAGGAGAGGUUUGGAGAGGUGGAGAGGGCAUGAACUCCAUAGGUGGGGGCCAGAAAGUGAGAUUGCUGAAAGAAGCAAUGGAAGAAUACGCUGACCAGGAAGACUUGAUUGUGAUGUUUACUGAAUGCUAUGAUGUCAUUUUUGCUGGUGGUCCCGAAGAGCUGCUAAGGAAGUUCCAGAAGAUUAACCACAAGGUGGUGUUUGCAGCCGAUGGAUUAUUGUGGCCAGAUAAGAGAUUAGCUGAUAAAUAUCCUAUCGUCCAUAUUGGAAAACGUUUCCUGAACUCAGGAGGAUUUAUUGGCUAUGGUCCCUCUGUCAACCAGAUUGUUCAGCAGUGGAACCUGCAGGACAGUGAUGAUGACCAGCUCUUUUACACUAAAAUUUAUAUUGAUUCCAUUAAAAGGAAAGCUAUUAACAUCACCUUGGAUCAUAAAUGCCGGAUUUUCCAGAACCUAAAUGGAGCUAUUGAUGAAGUUCUUUUGAAAUUUGAAAAUGGAAAAGUGAGAGCUAAAAACUCCUUUUAUGAAACCCUGCCUGUGGCAAUUAAUGGAAAUGGACCAACUAAAAAUCAACUGAAUUAUUUUGGAAAUUACAUUCCAAAUGCUUGGACAAUUGAAAAUGGCUGCACAACAUGUAAUCUGGACAUGAUAGAUUUGACAUCAUCAAAGGACUAUCCAAAGGUAACAAUUGGUGUUUUCAUUGAGCAACCAACACCUUUCCUUCCCCGAUUCCUAGACCUGUUGUUGACGCUGGAUUAUCCAAAAGAAGCCCUCAGUCUCUUCAUUCAUAAUAAUGAGGUUUAUCAUGAAAAACACAUCAAGGCAUUUUGGGAAAAAGCAAAAAAUAUAAUCACAACUAUAAAAAUUGUGGGUCCCGAAGAGAGCCUCAGUCAAGCGGAAGCCAGGAACAUGGGAAUGGAUGUUUGUCGUCAGAAUGAGCACUGUGAUUAUUACUUCAGCCUCGAUGCAGAUGUGGUUCUGACCAAUCCAAGUACCUUAAGACUAUUGAUAGAACAAAACAGAAAGAUCAUUGCACCUCUUGUGACUCGCCAUGGAAAACUCUGGUCCAACUUCUGGGGAACAUUAAGUCCUGAUGGAUAUUAUGCUCGAUCUGAAGAUUAUGUGGAUAUUGUUCAAGGGAAUCGGGUAGGGUUGUGGAAUAUCCCAUACAUGGCUAACGUGUACUUAAUUAAAGGGCAGACUCUCCGAGCAGAGAUGAAAGAGAGGAACUAUUUUGUCCGGGAUAAAUUGGAUCCUGAUAUGGCCCUUUGCAAAAAUGCUAGAGAAAUGACUUUACAAAGGGAAAAAGACUCCCCUUCUCCGGAAACAUUCCAUAUGCUCAGGCCCCCAAAGGGUGUAUUUAUGUACAUUUCUAAUCGACAUGAAUUUGGAAGACUCUUAUCAACUGCUAAUUACAACAUUACACACUAUAACAAUGACCUCUGGCAGAUUUUUGAAAACCCUGUGGACUGGAAAGAAAAAUACAUCAAUCGCAACUACUCGAAGAUUUUUACUGAAAAUUUGGUGGAGCAGCCAUGCCCAGAUGUCUUUUGGUUCCCUAUAUUUUCCGAAAAGGCGUGUGAUGAAUUGGUUGAAGAAAUGGAGCAUUUCGGGCAGUGGUCUGGAGGAAAGCACCAUGACAGCCGAAUCUCUGGCGGGUAUGAAAAUGUUCCCACGGACGAUAUCCACAUGCGACAAAUUGGGCUGGAGAACGAAUGGCUCCACUUUAUCCGCGAGUUCAUUGCCCCAGUGACGCUUAAGGUCUUUGCUGGCUACUACACCAAGGGCUUUGCUUUACUGAAUUUUGUGGUAAAAUACUCUCCUGAAAGGCAGCGCUCCCUCAGGCCUCAUCAUGACUCUUCUACAUUUACCAUCAAUAUAGCUCUCAACAGUGUGGGAGAAGACUUUCAGGGAGGUGGAUGUAAAUUCAUAAGGUACAACUGCUCUAUUGAGUCCCCCAGAAAAGGAUGGAGCUUCAUGCACCCGGGCAGACUUACUCAUCUCCACGAAGGACUUCCUAUUAAAAAUGGAACGCGCUACAUUGCAGUGUCAUUCAUCGAUCCAUAACUUAUUUCCCCUUCAGAAAGUCAAAUUCUCUCUUUUUUUUAGUUUUCUCCCUUAAAAGUGCAGUGUUGUUCUUUUAGAGUACAAAAAAAAAAGUUUUGAAAACACAUUUUAUAAAACAUCUUUACAAAACAUCUUUACUUAGGGCCCCAAAUCGGGAAAAACAGGUUAAAACUAUUUGUGGAUGCUUCCAAGUGUCAAGUCUGAGCCGUGAGUCCCACUGGGAAAAGCAAAAGAAAAAAAGAAAAUGUAUCCUCCAUACUUUUCCACAUGUUGCUGAGAAGACACUGGAAUAGAGUUGAUCUUUCACAAACGUGUGUGGCAGUUGAAAUGUUUGCUACAGAGAAGUCUCGUGGAAAACAGGUGUGCCAGAUGUUCAUUAUGAGCAUGGGGGAGGGAGGGACAUGUGAAAAGAGUGCAGAAAUUUUAGAAGGCUGAGGACUGGGAGGUGACAGAUGUAAAAGAGUUAACAGGCCAAAAAGCCUCCAUUGUGGGUCUUUCCAGCCCUCACUGGAAAAGCUCAAGUCCUGUCAGAGACUUGAGAUGAGUAAGUCCAGGUGUCCAGCUCAAAAAAAGAUGUGGAGGCCAUCACCCCUGUGGAGUGGGCACUUGUGCUGGUCAAGAGAACUGGGUUCUAGUCCUGGCUCUGCCCUAGCCUUCUGUGUGGCAUUCGGUAAGUUACUUAUCCUCUCUGGGGCUCCAUUUUCUCAUGGGGAUAGCAAUUUAUGCCUCUCCCUACCUCAUAGGGAUGUUCUGAGGUUAAAAUGAGAUCUUUAUGUAAGAGAACCUUGACAAAAUAAAAAUGCUAUUAAAAAAUCAAAAUGAUAUCAUCAUUUUAAUUAACAAAAAUAGUCCCCAAGAGGUGGGUUCCCAUGGACUGGGCUGCUUUAAAAAAAUAGCAAUGGCAAAAAAGCAAAUUGAAAAAUCUUGCUAGUUUUUGACUUACCAGAAACAUAUUAAAUUCACAUUGGUUUUUACUAUAAGGAGAAUGGUGGGGUAAGGGGAGGUUUCUGAUGUUUCACACUCUUGCUAAAAUUCAAGUGUGGUUACAGAAAUAUGCUUGUUUGGUCAAAUAAUUUCAGCAGUGUUUCACAUUACUGAACUUGAAUAACUUGUGAUCACCAAGUGGCCUUGAGUUAAAAUAAACUAUUUUUGGAAUUAUUAGGAAUUAUCAGACCUUUUGGAUUUAGAAUAGUAGUAAAUUGUUUAAAGGAUAUUUUGUAGCAUUAUUUGAGGUCUGGAAUUUUGUAUCAAGAAACUAAAGUUAAGUUUCUUGAUACAGAACUCCUCUCUGUCUCCUCCCUUUGUAUCCUUUUCCUCCUCUUCCUUCCUCUGAUUUACUAGUCUGCCUUCUCCCUCACCAUUGUUUUAUUUAAUUUUUUGAUUUAUUUUUAAUGGGAUCAGGGUGGGAUUGUCAUGACUUUUUUAAAUGAGGUUUAAAUAUUCCUACUGUAGCUACUGUUGUAAUUUAAAGGUUAAACUUGAAGAGAACUCCAAAUCAUGGUGCCAAAGUCAUUUUUCUAACACCAUGUGUUAGAAGGCUAUGCAAAAUAAAAAGUAAUUUAAAACAAA